AUGGCUGCGGUGCCGUGGCUGCUCUUCUGGCUGCUCCUGCUCGCGCGGCUCUGUAGGGUGCUGGGUCAACCACACACCAGCACCGGCCGGCGCUUCUCCGAGUACAAACUCUGCGCCGACGACGAAUGCAGCAUGUUAAUGUACCGGGGUAAGGCUGUAGAAGAUUUCACAGGUCCAGACUGUCGUUUUGUGAGCUUUAAAAAAGGUGACCCUGUAUAUGUCUACUAUAAAUUGGCAGGGAGAUCACCUGAAGUUUGGGCUGGAAGUGUUGGACGUAUUUUUGGAUAUUUUCCAAAGGAUUUAAUCCAAGUAGUUCAUAAAUACACUAAAGUAGAACUGCAACUUCCAACAGAUGAGACAGAUUUUGUUUGUUUUGAUGGAGGAAGAGAUGAUUUUGAUAAUUAUGAUGUAGAAGAAAUUUUAGGAUAUUUGGAAUUGUACAAUUCUGAAAUUGCAGAUUCUGAGAAAGCUAUUGCAAGACCUUCUCAGCAUGUGGAAAAACCUGAAAUAUCUGAGGACAGUGACCCAGAAUCUGAACCAGAAGAAGCCAACUUAGAGGAAAGGGAAAGUUUGUUCUCGGAGGAUACUAAUGAUUCAGAGGAAAGAUUUGAGGUUCAGAAGAACCACCCUUAUGUAAAGAGUCAAACAAGAAAUGAUCAUGGAAAGCAUUCUUCAUUUGAACGUUUUGAGGAAAUGCUGCAAGAUAAACUAAAAGUGCCAGAGAGUGAAAACAUCAAAACCAGCAAUAGUUCUCAAGUCUCAGAUGAACAGGAGAAUAUUGAUGCUUAUAAACUUCUGAAAAAAGAAAUGACUCUGGACUUGAAAACCAAAUUUGGCUCAACUGCUGAUGCACUUGUUUCUGAUGAUGAGAGAACCAGACUUGUUACUUCAUUAGAAGAUGAUUUUGAUGAGGACUUGGAUGCUGAGUAUUAUCCAGGUGGGAAAGAGGAAGACGAAGAAAAUAAAGAAAACUUUGAUGAGCUCCUAUUACUAACCUUUACGGAUAGAGAAGAUAUGAAAACCCCAGUGAAAUCUAGAGUUGAGAAAUAUUCAACAGAUGAAGAGCAGAAUUCAGAUGAAGAGGAUACGGUUGAGGAAACUCAGUCCCCUGGCAUCAAGAGCGUUGAUAAAACUAUUCUAACCACCUUGGAGGAUACUGUCUUCUCUAUUUUAGUCACAGGAGGUGAAGAAAAAACAGGUAUCAUGGAUUUAGAGAGUUCUAAUUCAGAAGAAGAAAAGGAAGAUGAUGAUGUAUUAGUCCCAGAUAGCAAAUGGAGGGAAGCACAAUCAGCAGCAGAUUACAUUGACUCUAAAAAAGCAAAAGAUGAUCUUUUGAUUGAAAAAGUCCCGAGAACAAAUGAUGACAAAGACCCAGAAAUGGACACAGAACUUCACGUUAAAGGAAAAGGGAGGAACAUUUGGGAAUCCCCGAGCAGCCUGGUGCAAGAUGAGACAGAAUUAGAAGAUGAGAAGCAAAAAGGGGUAACUGCGCCUGGUUCUACUCAAAGCACUAAUCUUAAAUCUCUGCUAACUGCUGAAAUUGGUAAAAAAACACUAAAACCAGCCUUUGAUAACAAGGAAAAUGACCUAAAAGGAGCAGCUAUUCAUAUCUCAAAAGAAAUGCCACAUGAAGAAAAGCCUGGAGAGCAGAUUUUGGAAGGUGGUUCAGAGAGUGAAUCUGUCCCUAAAACUGUGGAGACUCAAAUGGACAAAAAAAAGAGGAACCAGGAAUCCAUGGGUAUUUCACCACUUUUAGGAGAUAAUCAGCAUAAUGUAUCCAGAGACAAUGUGGAGGACGUGGAUGUUUUGAUCAGUGGACCAGAACCAAGCAUACUUUCAGAGGAGUAUCAGGGUAAGGAAUUUAAAGAGGAACUAGUUCUUAAAACUCAAAAUCAACCUAGAUUCUCCUCUCCAGAUGAAAUUGGUUUGCCAAGAGAAGAGGAAGAUGAAGUUUCCAUUCCGGGAAGAAAUCUCUCCUGGCAACAAGAAAGAGAUGUGGCUGCUGCAGUUAAUAAGCAAAUGGAUGGGAAGAUAAGGCUUUCUGAGGAAGAGGUCAAGAAGGACUCCACAGAUAAAGAGUUUGUUCAUCACAAGGCAAUACAGGGUAUACAAGAACUAGAAAAAACAGGUCAAACUUACAGUGCAGAAGAACCAAGUUCCCCUAUGGAAAAGCCGGAAGUAGAAGAUGAAGAACUACUGGAGGAUGAAAAUGCUGUAAGUGCAAAGCAGUCUAAAGAAGAAAACACUGGGCUUCAGGACAGGAGGUUAGAUGUUAAUCUGCAAGUCCCUGAAAGAACUAUUUUAAGGGGUGAUAAUCCUGAUCCAGAAAUGGAAGAAAACAAAGAAGAAACUAGUAUGAUUUUGGAAAGAAAAAGUGAAACCAUGGCCGAAGGGGUAGACAUGAUAAACAGAGAACCAACUAAUAUGGUUGUGGAAAAAGAAGAAAGCCCUCUUGUGGAUCAGAGAACACGUGGACCAUCUGAAGUAAGUGAUCUUCCUGACCAGAAAAAAAUUCAGACUCCAGAGUUAGGUGUAAUGUUUCAGAAUAAAGAUUCUGAUUAUCGUGACGAAGCCCUGGACACCUCAGGGAUUACAGAGAAGCAUGGGGUAGAAGAACUCUCAAAAGAGGACCAUGAGGAUUUACAGAAAUUCAUGGAUACAGAAAGUCAGCAGUCCGCUUCUGAAGAACUUGAAGAUGACGUGUUCCACUGGACUCCAUCUACAACUGUGAAGCCAGAGCAUGGUGACAUUGUGAAGAACUUGCCUAUAAUAGGGAACUUCUUUAAAGAACAGCAAUCUUUGCAGCGGUUCCAGAAGUACUUUGAUGUCUAUGAGCUGGAAGCCAUGUUCCAAGAAAUGUCAUUAAGGUUGAAGUCAGCUCAGCAAGAGAGCCUGCCCUAUAAUGUGGAGAAAGUCUUAGAUAAGGUUUUUCGUGCUUCUGAGUCACAAAUUCUAAGUGUAGCAGAGAAAAUGCUUGAUACUUUUGUGACUGAAAAUAAAGACCUGGGAGUGAAGGAAAAUAACGUAUUUGAAGAGGCUGCAGUCCUGGAUGAUAUUCAAAACCUGAUCUAUUUUGUCAGGUACAAGCACUCCACAUUGGGAAAGAUUGUACCACUGGCAACAGCACAGCCUCCAGAUGAAGUCUGGGAUGCACCUAUAGAAGAGAUACAACUUCCUCAUGAGGAUAAUUUCCCACCGGAGAACACAGAAGAUCUUAAAAUGCAGGUUCCCGGCCACUUGGAUCAACCCAUGAUUAGCGACACAGGUUACUCUGAAGUAUCAGAGAAGCUGAAUACUGAGAAAGUCUUAGACCCAGGGAUCAUUCCAACAGAAGGUACUCCUGUUGAUGCAGAAGGGCAACCAGAAACAAAUGCUGAAGAGCCAACAAGUAUUACACCUUUCAAAAAUACAAUUCUUUCAGUAUGUUCAUUCAUGUUUUAUUUAACUACAAUGCUAGUUGCUACAUUGCCUGAUGAUGUUCGGCCUGGGCCUGAUUUUUAUGGCCUGCCAUGGAAGCCUGUACUUAUCACUGCCUUUUUGGGAAUCGUUUCAUUCACCAUCUUCUUCUGGAGAACUGUCCUUGUUGUAAAAAAUAGAGUUUAUCAAGUCACUGAACAGCAAAUUUCUGAGAAAAUGAAGAAUAUCAUGAAAGAAAAUGCAGAACUUGUACAAAAAUUGUCAAAUUAUGAACAGAAGAUCAAGGAAUCAAAGAAACAUGUUCAAGAAACCAAGAAACAAAAUGUAAUUCUCUCUGAUGAGGCAAUUAAAUUUAAGGAUAAAAUCAAGAGACUUGAAGAAACUAAUGAAAUUUUGGGUGACACUGCUAAAAAUCUGCGUGUUAUGUUAGAAUCAGAGAGAGAACAGAAUGCCAAGAAUCAGGACUUGAUACUGGAAAACAAGAAAUCUAUAGAGAAGUUAAAAGAUGUUAUUUCAGUAAAUGCCUCAGAAUUUUCAGAGGUUCAAAUUGCCCUUAAUGAAGCUAAACUUAGUGAAGAGAAGGUGAAGUCUGAAUGCCAUCGGGUUCAAGAAGAAAAUGGGAGGCUUAAGAAGAAGAAGGAGCAGUUGCAGCAGGAAAUCGAAGACUGGAGUAAAUCACAUGCUGAGCUCAGUGAGCAAAUCAAAUCAUUUCAGAAGUCUCAGAAAGAUUUGGAAGGAGCUUUUAUUCACAAAGAUGAUAAUAUUGAUGCAUUGACUAAUUGCAUUACACAGCUGAAUCGUUUAGAUUGUGAAUCUGAAUCUGAGGUUAAAAAUAAAGGAGGAAAUGGGUUGGAUGAAUUAGCAAAUGGAGAAGUGGGAGGUGACCGGAAUGAGAGGAUGAAAAAUCAAAUUAAACAGAUGAUGGAUGUGUCUCGGACAAAAACUGCAAUAGCAGUAGUUGAAGAAGAUCUAAAGCUAUUACAAGUGAAGCUGAGAGCUUCAAUGUCCACUAAAUGUAAUCUGGAAGAUGAGAUAAAGAAAUUAGAAGAUGAUCGCAGUUCACUGCAGUCUGCCAAAGCUGGCCUGGAAGAUGAUUGCAAAACCCUGAGGCAGAAAGUAGAGAUUCUGAAUGAACUCUAUCAGCAGAAAGAGAUGGCUCUGCAGAAGAAGUUGAGUCAAGAAGAGUAUGAGCGGCAAGAAAGAGAGCAGCGACUAUCAGCUGCAGAUGAAAAAGCGGUUUUGACUGCAGAGGAAGUAAAAACUUACAAGCGGAGAAUUGAAGAAAUGGAGGAUGAAUUACAGAAAACGGAGCUCUCAUUUAAAGAACAGAUUGCUACUCAUGAAAAGAAAGCUCAUGAGAACUGGCUCAGAGCUCGUGCUACAGAAAGAGCUAUAGCUGAAGAGAAAAGGGAAGCUGCUAACUUGAGACAGAAAUUACUGGAAGUAACCCAAAAGAUGGCAAUGCUGCAAGAAGAACCUGUGAUUGUAAAGCCAAUGCCAGGAAGACCUAAUGCACAAAACCCACCACGGAGAGGUCCUCUGAGCCAGAAUGGCUCUUUUGGCCCAUCCCCUGUGAGCGGUGGAGAAUGCUCCCCUCCGCUCACAGUGGACCCACCUGGGAGACCUCUCUCUGCUACUCUUAAUCGAAGAGAGAUGCCUAGAGGUGAAUUUGGUUCAGUUGAUGGGCCUCUAACUCGUCCUCGAUGGUCAUCUGACGCAUUUGGGAAACCUUCCACCUCUGAUCCGGGAUCUGGUGGGGCAGCUCCUGUGGUGAGUAGCUCAAGAAGCUCUUCCCCUGCUAAGGUGAUGGAUGAGGGCAAGGUUAAUACAGCUGCAAAGGGGCCCUCUCCUUUCCCAGGAGUUCCCCGCAUGAGCUCUCCUGUGGGAGGCCCUCUACCACCACCCAUUCGAUAUGGACCACCUCCUCAACUCUGUGGGCCUUUUGGGCCUCGGCCACUUCCUCCACCAUUUGGUCCCGGUUUGCGUCCACCACUAGGCUUAAGAGAAUAUGCACCAGGCAUGCCCCCUGGAAAAUGGGACCUGCCUCUUGAUCCUCGAGAAUUUUUACCAGGACACACUUCUUUUAAACCUUUAGGCUCUCUUGGCCCAAGAGAGUACUUUAUUCCUGGUACCCAAUUACCACCCCCAACCCAUGGUCACCAGGACUAUCCGCCUUCACCUGCUGCAAGAGACUUACUGCCUUCAGGCUCUAGAGAUGAGCCCCCACCUACUCCUCAGAGCAGUAGCCAGGACCCUUCACAGGCUUUAAAACAGAGCCCUUAAUGACCUCUGGCAUUUAGUCUGAGACAAAGAGUGGACUGUGCACUAUUCAUUAAAGGAUUUCACUGGCUUCAAAAUCCAAAAGUUUAUUUUAAAAGGUUUGUUUUUAGAACUAAGCUGCGCUGGCAGUAUGCAUUUUUGAGCCAAACAAUUCAAAAUUAUAAUUUUUCUCCCUACAUCAAGACUGCCUCUUAAACUAGAGCCUCCUUAUGACUUUGAAAUGUGCAAUAAAGAAUACCUGUGUUCUAGUUAAUGUAGCAUAUGUAAUUAAUAAGUGAUUUAGAAUGUCAUGAAAAAUAUGAACAUUUCCUGUGGAAAUGCUUUAAGAGCAUGUAUUUCCAUUUAUUACCGUGUUUUUAGUGUAUACCAGUUGAUUAUACAGCAACGGUAUUUACAAGCUUGAUUUUUUAGAAGUAUCUGGUCAUACUGUUACGCUAAAAAUGUUUACUAAAAAAUCACUAUAAUUCCCCUCUUGUAGUUCUUUGUAGUAAUAGUAAUAGUUCAUAAAAAUGUGUUUAUUAAUAUUU